UUCCGGUCGGUGGAGCGCCUGUUAGCGCAGGCUGCGGUGUAAAAAUGGCUAAGUCUAAGAACCAUACCACUCACAACCAAUCAAGAAAAUGGCACAGAAAUGGCAUCAAGAAGCCUAGGUCACAGAGAUACGAGUCUCUGAAAGGGGUUGACCCCAAGUUUCUAAGAAACAUGCGCUUUGCCAAGAAACACAACAAGAAGGGCUUGAAGAAGAUGCAGGCCAACAACGCCAAAGCCAUCAAGGCCAGAGCAGAGGCCAUCAAGGCCCUGAGCACCAAGGCCUCCAAGGCCAAGCUCCUCAGGCCCAAGAUCCCCAAGGCCAGUGCCCGGUGUGCUGGCCACAAGAUGGCCAGCAAGCGUCCAGGCCCUAGGGUCGGCAUCAAACGUCCAGGCUCCAGGAUCACAAAGCCUGACUCUAAGAUUGCCAGAACCACUGACCCCAAGGCUGCCAAGCCCACUGACCCCAAGGCCACCAAGUCUGCCGCCAAGGUCAGUAAGUCUGAUCCCAAGGCUACCAAAUCUGGCCCCAAGGCCACCAAAUCUGAUGCUAAGGCCUCCAAGUCCGGUCCCAAGGUUGCCAAGUCUGAUUCUAAGGCCCCGAAGCCCAGUGAUUCCAAGGCUGCUACGCCUACUGACCCCAAGGCUGCCGAGUCCAAACCCAAAGAUGCUGGGGCUAAAGCUGCUAGUCCCAAGCCUUCAAAGUAGAUGCUUCAGGACAGAAGGACUUAUUUAAACCCUAAACCACCGUUUUUUCCUAGCCAGGGUAUGAUUAUUCACUAUUUUGUACAAAUAAAGGAAAUGGU